AACCCAUGGUCAAGAUGGGUGAUGGACCGCCGAUCCAAAUAUAUAUCGGAUCUAAAUAAAAUUAAAAAAAAAAAGGAAAAAAAAAGGGUUUGGGACGCUCUUCUCGUCCCACCGCGAGCGUUUCAGCAUUGAGAGCCACUCCGACAGCAACGAGGCUAUCCCCUGGAGCUCGAUUGCUCGUUUCCCCUGUGGAUCCCUCGCCAAUGGAGCUGGAGGACUGCGAGCGGAUGAUGAUGGUGAUGGACUCGUGCUUGUCUUGCAUCAAUUGGCGUCUGCAAUAUAGGUCGAAGCGUCGGCUCUUGACAGACAUACUUUGUUUAUGCACUGGACUAAGACCAGUAGUUCUGGUGGAUUAUGGUGGACUGAUGCCAAAACUCCAAGAGGACCUCUGCUUACUACUUCGCCUUGCCCAGGAGAAGUCAGCCAUUUUACAGCCAUUGAGAGUGAUUGUCCUAGAAGAUAUGGCUUAUAUAGUUCAUGUCAAAGAAUUUGCUGAGCAUAUAUCGUCAAGCCUUGCCUCACAGCAGCAGCUAGUUCUUCUAGACCUUGAACGAAGCCCUCCAGAGUUACUGUUGCAUGCAGUGGAGAACGAAAAUGCAUCAGAACUUCGUCAAGUCCAAAAAUCAUUUUCAUCAGUGUUUCCUGUUGAAGUUGACGCAGGUGUUCUACCUAUUGUACCUGGUCCCAUGGUAAAGCCAGUGAUUGGAUCAUCAAAACGUGAGGCUGCUGAUCUGGCUUGUAGUAGCAAGCAUACUGCUUUUCAAACAUCUUUGGCACUGGAUCUGAGUUAUAUUACAGAAGAUGCCAAGAUCACUCUAUCAUCUGUGAAUGGGUGGCUUCUUGGUUAUCCAAUAACAUAUUUGUUCAGCAAAGAGCAUGGCGAAAAAGCUAUGCGUAAUCUCUCUUUCAAGUCUAUUUAUCACUACAAGCUUUUUGCCAGCAGAAAGGGAACACUUGGCCCAAAGCUCCAGGAGGAUGAAGUACUAAGUUUUACAGUGCCUUGUGAUGUGGCUAAGAGAAGGGAGGAGGAGCCGUGGAUUGAGGCAUUUCUUGCUCGCAUGGAGGGAAAGCUAAAAAGGUGCAACCAGGUGUGGAUAUCGAUGCGGUUGGAGGUCAAAUUUUUGGAAAGCAAUUCACAGGUCAUCGUCGUGUAGCCACAAAUCACAUGACAUCUUGGAGCGCCAAAAGAACAAAAUAAGCUUCCAAUAGAAAAAUCAGAGCCAACAGAAAAAAUGAAGAAAAAAAACCUUCUUAAUGCUCUUAAAUUCAAAUCAAAUUACAGCAUGGUUGUAAAAAAAGGGAACAUAUGGAACCAGCAAUAAUCUUAUGAUGCUUUAUGCUCUUUCCAGCA